AUGUAUAAGCCGGAUUUGGAGGCAGCCCUAACGUCAUGGCCGGAGUGUAGGUAUGCUGUACGUUCUCAGGAGACUCUGGAUACUUAUUCGGGCAACGGGACGUUCUUCCAGAGUGAGUGGGAAAUGGACUAUUUGGAAGACAGUAGUUUGCUGCAGUAUUCGCUGUCCUGGGACCUGGCGUCUAUGAUGUCUCCGUCGGUUUCAGAGACGGGUCCACUCGCUCCAAGUUUCUCCAAAAUCAGUUUCAAAGUGUACUACGCCGCAGUAGGGGGUUAUGCAGCGGAGCGAGGUAACGGGACGGUUGUCGGAACGAUCCGGGUGGCCGAAGGCGUCAGCAGCGUCGCAGGAACCUGCAUCCCCAUGUCGCUUCAAGCGUCGGAGGUGGUUGAGCAAGAGGUAGAUAUCGAGGUAUGGGGCUACCCCAUAGUCAUGGACUGGUCGGAGGAUUACUUUGUGGAUCUCGAUCCCACUUACAAUUCCACCCGGGUCGAUACAGGACCGUCUCUUGCAUCUGGUCAGGUUUUAUUCGACUUCGAAUUCGACCACCCCGAGCUUUUUACAGAAUGGGAACAAGCAAGACGUUUAAUGACAGCCGUGGCAGCCACGAAUCCAGAGCAGGCUAUAGCAGGUAAUACGCCAAACGCUCAAGGGAAUUAUUCGGAAAAUAUACUCAGGACAUCGAACUACGGUAAAUCCAGCCAGUCCGCCACCGAGGAGUGGAACCCCGCUAGUAAUCAAGCAUUUAGUAUCUGUCUUGCACUCAAGGUUGACCUAGAGCACAUCGUUGACAACCAAGGGGUAGAGAACAGUAUUGUUAUGAACACGGGUUUGCCAUACCGGACGGUGGCGGUAAUGGAAUCGCUAAAUCACUACGAAGUAUUGGCGGGUGCGAGUGCGGAAGUCUUGCCCAUUGAAGACGACUGCCCGUUCCAGUGCGAUUGUCGGUAUGACUUGGUGCGGAACGACCCUUGGUUUCAUGGGACCAAUGAAGGUGCCGUGGAUGAAGCGGUCUAUGCGAAAGUGUGCGGAAUAUUUAGUGUCUUUCUGCCGAGUGGCGUAACGGAUAGUUUGUUGCGGGAGAAGGCUUUCCAGUUGUCUCGUCGACAGCGUCACCGUGGGCCGGAUUCGACAGGUGUGCAGAGUGGUGGGAGUUACUGCAUUGUGCAGGAGAGGCUGUCGAUCAUUGGAAUUGCGACGGGGCGGCAGCCGUUGCUGUCAACAGAUGGAGGAACCAUUUUGGCUGCGAAUGGUGAGGUGUACAAUUACAAAGAGUUGGCGGAAUUGAUUUGUACUCGGCGUGGGUGUGCAUACACGCCAAGGUCUGACUCGGAUGUGAUUAUGGCGAUGUAUCAAGAAUUUGGUCGCGAGUGCGCAUCGUUGCUGUGGGGCAUGUUCGGGUUUGUGAUUUACGAGAAGGCCACAGGGCAGUUCUUUGCAGCUCGUGACGGGCUAGGUGUGUGUAGUCUGUACUAUGGCGUGGAUCAGAGUGAUGGUCGUUUGUACAUUGCCAGUGAGAUGAAAUGCAUUCCAUGUGAUAAGGUCUCCAUCUUCCCGCCUGGCUGUUUCCUGACGGGUACGGCGGAGAAUUACACCAUGGUCGAAUAUUACAAACCAGCCUGGUCGAACCUAAACGCCAUGCCCGCCGAUAUGGGUGAAUUGCGCGACCGUCUGGAACGCUCGGUCAAGUACCAUUUGGCGGCCGACGUACCAGUAGCCUGCUUCCUUUCAGGCGGACUCAAUUCGUCCAUCAUUGCCGCCAUGGCUCAGAAGAUCAUGCGCGAUGUCAACCCCGAGGCCCGUCUAAAAACCUUCAGCGUCGGCAUGUCGGACUCCUCCGACUUGGCGUACGCCCGAAUCGUGGCCGAACGACUUGGCACCGACCAUACCGAGGUACUCUACACCGCCGAAGAAGGACUCGACAUCAUCCCAGAGCUUAUCUGGCAUCUAGAAACAUACGACCCCUUCUCUAUCCGGGCAGCCAUCCCCAUGUACAUCCUCGCCCGCACCGUUCGAUCUGCCGGCGUUAAAGUUAUUCUCUCCGGCGAAGGCGCCGAUGAGAUCUUCGGCGGCUACCUCUACUUCCACUCCGCACCUUCCGCCGAAGAUUUCCGCCAGGAAACCAUCCGCAGACUCUUCGACUGCCACCUCAGCGACGGCCUCCGCGCCAACAAGACGUCCAUGGCACAGUCCGUUGAACUGCGGGCACCCUUCCUAGGUUCUCCCUUCGUCAACUACGCCAUGACCAUUCGCGCCGAAGACCGCAUGCCCAAACCUCGCGGCUAUGUGCCCGCAGAAGACGCUCCCACGCCCCUCUCCAGGACUUCCACCAUGGACUCACGUACUACGCCUGACGCAACAACCGCCGCCAAGGCCCUUGACCUCCCCAUCGCUGAACCUAACCUCAUUCCCACCCCUGGCCCUUCUGCCGGGACUGCGACCGCGACAGGGUCUACGACCGUCUCUUCGACGGCCACAGCCGUGUCCGUUGCGGGGUCCGCUCCGGGAACGCCCAUGAGUGCGGCGGCAGCUGCACCUUCUAGUAGCGGGAGUGCGUUUAUUCCGAUGUUGUCUGGUUCCGGUUCUUCCGCCACGGCAGAAUGUUUGUGCUCCGCGUCCACGACAGUGACAGCGGGUGACGAAUUGCAGACUGCGGCAUCCAUGGAGAGUACGAGCGGCUGUGCUGAGAAGUGGCUGUUGCGCAAGGCUUUCGAGAAUAUGCUGCCUGACGAAGUCGUUUGGCGUCAGAAGGAACAGUUCUGCGACGGUGUCGGUGCUCAGUGGCUUCGCCGUUUGCACACAUACGCCGAGGAGCGCAUCUCCGACGCAGAAUUCGCUCAAGCUGCCACCAAGUACGCCCACAACACUCCCCAGAACAAGGAAGAGUUCCUGUAUCGAGAAAUUUUCAACAUGGAAUACCCUGGUCAAGACCGCGCCAAAACUGUCGUCAUGUGGAAGCCCAAGUGGGUCGACCUCGAUGAAACCUCCGGCCGCGCGAACCCACUCCAUUGGAGCCAGUCUGGUCUUGGCGACUCGCUCGCAGAGUGA